GGACAAAGAAUUAAACAAAGCCAAAUCACACUCGCUAUACUUCCAGUUUUCUUUCCCCCCUUAUUUGUUACUUUUCUCAAACAUUAUCGGUUAAUACUAUCUUCCUCCGUCCUAUUUUCACCUUCUUUUUUAUUAUCUCUUUUGUUUUCGUCUUUUUUAUUAAACACGAAUACGAGCAUGAUACAAGCACGAAUAGGCACGGCACGAUUCAAACCGUACCCGCGCCUGGACCGGGCCUAGCAAAGUUAUCAAAUGGGCUUGUAUGGCACGACACGAAAACUGACGGGCCGUGCCAAGCACGGCACGAAAAAAAUGGGCCCGAAGCGUGCCUGUGCCGUGCCGGCCCAAGCACGGCCCAGCGCCCCAUGUACAGACGUGCCCAACCUAAAUCGUAAGUCAGGCAAGCGAUUCUCCAUAAGUCUUGGAGAGUUGGAGUACAAGAUGGUUAUGAAACCAUAAAAUCAAUUUGCGAUGGUCCAUUUCAAAGAUAUCAGUUGUCUGGUUUUUAUUUUUUAGGUAAAUACAAUUUAAUAGUUAAAUCUUUUACCCGAAAAUAAAAUAAUAGUCAAACCUUUUCAAAAAUAAAUUAUUAGUCAAAUCGUUAACUUUUCACCUGGUCACUUGGUCAAUCGUCAGUUGACUCCGACGUGGAAAGAAACUAUACAUGUCAGCUCGUUUUUACUAAUGUGGCAACUAGUAAAAAUUAAUGAAUCAUUUUAUUGUUCAAAUUAAAAAAGAAAAGGAAAAAUGAUGUCACUAUCUAAUCACACACACUCUCUCUCUCCAUUCUCGUCCACCCAUUCUCCCCGUUCAAAUUCCUCAAAGACGAAACCCUUUCCUCCGGCGAAACCAAUCCCCGUCGCCCACCACAGAACCAAAAUUAACGGCACCGGCUUCGUCCCUCCUCAUGUGAAGGCCGGAAAAACACGAGCGUCGCCCCCGUUCGUGCAUUCCCAGGCCGAGGCUUUUGGCGAAAGAGACGUCAGAGCGCUGGCGAGGAGACGACGAAGAGCUGGCGAGGAGAAGACGGAGCGGUGAAAGAGACGACUGAUUUAGGUACGCAUUCCCUGAUUUUGCUUUCAAACCCUAGGUUCUUUAACCCUAUUUGAUUGAAAUUACCCUCUUUUAUAGUAGUGCGAUUUUGGUGGAAUCUGGUUUGUGAGGACCACAACGGGACCACUGAAAAAAUAGUCACGAAACUGCCCUUGCAUUACAAGGUAUGAAAGCAUAAGCAUAGGAUUGAACUGUAAUUGUACUGCGAGUGAAAAGUCAUCUUCCCGGGAAAGUCACAUAUAGCUUUUUGCUUCUUUUGAUAUCGCAGAUGACAGAAUAUUUGGGUAUUCUAUACCAGCAUGGUGGGGUUAUGAACGUCUCGGGAUCAGGACCACGAUAUGUUGGCGAUUUUUCCAGAGAAGAUAGCAGUAUAUGUUGAUGAAGUGUGUUACUUCGAGCAUUUGAAUGUGGCUAUACUUUACUUGAAGUAUGUUGGCGUUCGAAAGAUAUGGUACUUGACACCGGGGGCUACAAUGGCAGAUGGAGUACAUGAAGUGCAUUCCGAUAAGGAUGUGAUGGAAAGGUUGCUAGUCGAUGCAGCCGGUACUAGGGAUGUGUCUGUUUUGUAGAGGCUGUCGAGGUGGAGGAUGGCCUGGUGGGAGACAAUGAGGAACCAGACUUGUUUCAAGGUUUGCCGAAGGAAGCUGAAGAUAUUGGUGAGGGCUCGGUUGCGAGAAAAGUAAUCUGACUCGCUAUGAUACAACUCCUAACAAUGGCCAAGUCUAACCAAUGGAAGGGACUGCAGUAUAGUGGCUCAAGUAAUAAAUAUCGAAUCCACGGGUCUCUAGAGAUACUAUUACUCAGCUUCAGUUUAUUAUUUAGCAAACCAGAUUAAUAAGGAAGAAAUAAAACUACUCUAGCAAACUACAGUUAAAGUUAAUCUAAUUACAGGUUGGGAACUCACUUAGGUAUGAUUCCCCCCUAGCCACUAACCAGAUUAACGAUUGAUGAUUUCUAACUUGUUUCACUUUCAUUCACAAUGCGGAGAAUCCUUGACUAGACCUUGAGUCUCGACUAAAGGAACAAGGCCCUCUUGAGUCAAUUGCCUAGAGGGACGUAUCCUUCUCUAGAACAACCGAUCAAGGCGUUCUGAACUAGAUUCCCUCUAUCAAAUGAGGUUCUCAAUCGAUACAAAGCAGUGAAUCAACCCUCGACUAAAGCAAUCGAUCCACUACUAUCAAUCUAUGGUGCUCUAUUGACCUAAUAAGGUAUUCGCUUUCAUAGGAUCAAAGCAGAAUCAAUAAUCUCGACUAAAGCAGAAUUGAAUCAUGAAAACAGGCAUAGAUUGAAUAUGAACUCAAGAUUAUCAAGUAGGAGUACUCAUACAAUCAUCCAAUCAAACAAAAAUAGCUAGGGUUCCUCAAAACCUAAGUGAAGGGAAGUUACUCCAUAGAGAGGAGAGAGACUGCAGUAAGAAGCUUCAGAUGAUCAGUCUUCAAGUUCGGGCUUGUUCCUCGAGCUUCCUAGGUGAAGAAAUCCUCCAGUUCCACUCGAAGAAUGCCCUCUAAUCUCCCUCUCUCUCUUUGGUUCGUCCCUUGGGUGUUUGGGAUCCAAAACCCAGCUUUCCCUUUUCUUUUGCUUCAAUCUACCUCAAAAACCCGAUUCUGGGCAAAACACGGUCGAGGACACGGCCGUGUUUUGCUUUUUCCCGUCCGUGCCCUUGCCACGUGUUAAAAACACGCCCGCGUCGGCCAAAACACUGUCGUGCCUAAAUAUGGACACGACCGUGUUAUGCUUUAGGCCAUCCCGUGUUAUGCUUUUCCAUCAGUUCAGCUCUCGCACAUAAAAACACUGGCGUGCCUGUUUGUGUACACGGUCGUGUUCUUCAGGCCUCCUGCCCGUGUUUUGCCCCCAGCUCAACCGAAUGACCUCCAAACGCCCCGAAUCUCGUGCUUAGCCUUUCCUUCGACGUCUGGGACCUGAAAUAUGACAAAGUAGCACAACCUAGCAUAAAACGGGCCAAAAAUA